UGCUUUGUUUAUUUAAAAAAGUGUCAUUUCACGGGGGUUUAACGUUAGAUAAUGCGCCCACGACGUUAACAUUGCUUUUAAAUCCUACAUUUUUAAUAAAUAUUGUUAAGUUUUAACUCCCUUUUUUGAGCAAAUUUUACCCGUAAACAGAUAUGUUUUGAAAUGGGUACGGUAACUUAUUUGAGUUCAAGCUUGUAGGAAUUUGUCAGUUUUGUUGUCGUGUUAAAACAUUUUAUGAAUAUUGUAUUUCAUGGUAUCAUAAAAAUCAUUAUUCUUAGCGUACAAAUAAAAUGGAACGUUCUUCUGUUUUGAGAGAAAAUCGGCAAAGGCCCAGAGCACCACCAUCCCCAUUGAUGUUUGAGUCAGAUGAAGACCCGGAAGAAGAAGACUUGGCAAACAACAGUAACAAAGAGAAUGCAGAGGAGAGCGUUGUCGAGCUUAACAAAGAGGAAAAAAUUUUAAAAGGUUUUCAAACAGUGUUGAUGGGGAUUCCUCCUCCUCCGGCUUUCACUGUACCACAGCUCGAUUGCCGGGAAAUCCUCAAGCUAUGGAGGGAAAACCAGUCCUUCAGAGUUACAUUGUCUCCUGAAAAACGUGAAAACAACACAAGUAUGUGCAAGCAGGAAGAAAAUGUAGCAAAAGCUACAAAAUGGCCAGAAACCUUACAACUUGAUUAUUGGGAUGUAUACUACAACAAGAGUUCAGCAAGUGAAGAGCUGGAACGUCUGAGUAUUCGGUACAAAGAGAGGUACGUGGGAGUUGAAACGUCGUCCUGUGUCAAUGCUCUGUUCGCUAAGAGUCCGCUGUGCACUGCCAGCGCUCGCAAAAGAGCGCGCCAUCGAGCGUGGGGUCACAGUCCAGGUCGGCGACUCAGCCAUCUGGCGCGCCGGCGCAAGGCGUUCUCAUCAGCCAAUCUGUGCAGUGUCGCCGGCAACAAGAAUCCGGACAAGAAGAUGAUAAUGGUGGAAAUUAAGAAACUUGGCAACCGGCAGAAGAAAAAGGGAUCAGUGAAGAAGACGAAACCGACGCCAAAGAAGAAGAGUGAAACCCAGUCAAGCAAUUAUAAAAGGGCUCUGUUCCAAAGUCCAGAUCAGGAUCCGACGUCCAAAACUCCAAACACUCAUUGCGUCCAGAGAUCCAAGCGGAAUUUGUUUGCCGAGAGUAGUGAGAAAAAGAACCAGUUUGGCAAACGAGAGAGGCCGAUGCCGAAGAGGGUGAGUCCUCGUAAGCGGGUUAACAGGAGCUUGUCGUUCCAAGAGAGUUUGCAACCUUCCGCCCCUCCUCGAGUGCCUCCGCCUAAACCACCUCCUACGGCCAAUCAGCCGCAACCUCUGAGCGGAACCCAUAAGCAGAAGAUGCUGUGGGCUGCCACCAACGCCCUGCGAGAGGAGGGGAUCAGGAUGAGCCACGAGUUAUUCCGUCCGUGCAUGACCGUGCUGUUCCGUACAUGCCACAGGUUGUGGCUCACGAGGUUUGGCGCAGACCUGCAUGACGGAGAGGGUAGCACCAGCGAGCGCAUGUUGGCUCUGGCUAAACAGUUCAGCUCUUACACUGUCCGAGAGAUCGGUUCAGACCCAACUUCAGAACACAUGGCGCUCGUCUACAACAACAGCUUGAAGAUGGCAGAGACAAUUUUCAACCAACCCAGCAGCAGUGGAGUCAGUAAGGUGUCUAAAAAUAUAAGCAGUGAUUUGAAUGUUAAUAGUAAAACUACCAAACUAUAUAUGAAAGAAAUUGACACUGAUAAGCCUGUGUUAGGGAGUAAUAGAAUAGCUAACGUAGAAAUGAACAAUAAAGUAGUCGACAGAGCAGAUUCAUCGGUAAAAGCAAAAGCUAAGAGUAAAACAAGGACUCCAAGUAAAAGUGAUAGUGCAAGAGAGAAUGCUUCAAGAGAAGUGUCUAAUCUGCAAGUUUGUAAUGCACAAACUAUAGUGAAAAACACCCCGUCCAAAGUCAUCUGCAGAGAUUCACCUAGAAGCUCGCCUAGAUUUGCCAAAAGACUGUUAGGUGAUGCAAAAGUAAAAAAUGCAGUUUGUAAUGCUUUAUUUCGUACUGAGAGCAAGGAUCAUCCGGAAACUACUACAGAAAGUGGUGUACAAAAUUAUUUGACAUCUCCUAAGGAUGAAAAACCUGAGUCAGGCCUUUCAAGUCAAUUGAGUUCCCAAAGAGAAACUCCCUUGAAAAGUGCACUAACAGCCAGAGGAACUCCUAAAAGGACUUGUACAAUACGUGAGUUAAGUGUUUCUAAUUCCAUUGCCAGUGUUAGUUCAUCGCCUAUAACUCAACAUGAUGCAAAACAAACUCUUAUACAAGCGGAAGAAUCAUGUAGAUUGAAAGUGGUUGUACCAAGGCUUAAUUUAGAAGAAGGUAAUACGGGUUUGUGUGGGAUUAGCAGACAAUGUCCUGUAGUGAACAAAGGCAGUCCAGCAGAAAAAGAACAAUAUACUCGACAAGAUACGCAAACUCCCUCGAAAAAGGUUAGUUUUAGAACAGUAUCACCACUUAAAAGUUGCCAAGUUAACCUUAUAAAACAUUCUAGUGAAGCAAACACUAACAAUGUUCCCUCACCUAGUGGUGGUCAGAACGGAUCUGAAGCUAACUCUAGCUCAAGUUCAGUUUUGGAAACUACCACUGCUUCAUCUUUUGCUAGUUACCAGAUUACUGAGUCUUCAGGAGGACGACGAAUCACUAGGAGCGUAUCAACUGAUACUAAAGUAAUUGGCAAUAAACCAAUACAUCAUCUCUUUUCACCCCCAACAACACAAACGGCUAAGUUGUAUAGUAAUAAACUAUCGAGUGAGAAACUUGCAAAAAAGGUUGAUAGCAAUGACCCGUUAAUUAGUCCAGAAGCACAUAAUACCCUACAAAAUGGCAGUGAUGGUGAACACUUGAUGAGUUUAGGACCACGCCUAAAAAGAAGAGUCUCAAAUGGGUUAAAAACCAAAAUUUCUCAGGACUCUGAACCAGGUGCAGAAGUCAAAGUUCAUGUAGAGAAUCAGGUUGAGCAAACAGAUUCUGUUGAUUUACAACCUUCCCAGCGUAGUCUUAGAUCUACCAAAUCACCAAAGAAGAAGACAACUUGUAGACAGAUUUCUCAGGAUGCUGAGUCCACAGGUUCUGCAAGCUCUAGUCAAAGUAAAGCGGAACACAGUGAACCCUUACCAGACUCGCCAGAAUUUUUAUCACCACAGACCCGAUCAAGAAAAGCAAAAUCAACCAAAAGUGUUUCCUCUAAUGAUAGUCAAGCAAAACUCACCCCAAAUAAAUCAAAGAAUGUAACAAAUACUGUAUCUCCUGGAAUUCAAUUAACAAAAGCCAUUUCGAACCGAAGGGCCAGUGUACUUUCGAGCGAAUCUAGUUCCUUCAAAGACACUCCGGAUAAAUCUGUUUUCUCCGAAGAGUAUUCUGCAGACACUGAAAACUCUAGUGGAACUCCAAUUUCAGGCAAAUUGUAUAGUGUGAAAUCUAAUUUUUCUGUAAAGACUGAUGGAGAGAAUGAAACAAACAAGGAAAACAAGAUUAAAGAGCAAAUUUGUGGUGAUAAAAGCGUUGAAAGGCAAACUAGUCAUAGGCAGUUACUAUCUGUCGAGAACACGCCGGUGAAUCAGGUUGUGGCGGAGGAACCUGUCAAUCGGAUGCUGCAAUUGUACAGACUUUCUACAAGUGGGGGAGAUGAUGAGAAACUAUUACCAAACAUCGUGUGUCUAGAACCACCGAAGUUAGAGCCUCACUGGGCAGCUGAUGAAGGGGAAGUAGAAGAUUCUACAUCACCUCCGUCACUCGCUCCGCAUUGGGAACAAGAAAGUUGCAGUGGUACAAGCACUUCUUUGCCAGAGUCCAUAAUGGAACAUUGGCAUCAACUGUCUGCCAAAGUAGCUGGACAGUCUACAGACAAAGUUAUGUUUGACUUUGAAGACACAUCGUACGAAAUCACCUUUCCAUCUGCCAAUGAAGAUUCAAGAGCUUCUUCCAUAUGUGCUCCUUUUGAUUGCCCUUUUGUCAUCGAUGACUCAAAAAGUGGGUUCCACAAUGUCUUCAGAAGAAGCAGUACUGAAUCGAGUAACUAG